UUCCAGGCCCCUUGAGCGCUUCCCCGCCCCUUUCCUAAGUCCGCCGGACGCCCUUAGGUCGCGGCAGUGCCGGGCCGGACAUGCUGCCUGACUGCCUGUCCGCGGAGGGCGAGCAGCGCUGUCGGCAGCUGCUGACCAAAGCCACGGCCCGGCUCCGCGCGCGGCCCGCGGCGGCCGCAGUGCUCGUGCCGCUGUGCUCCGUGCGCGGGGUCCCGGCGCUGCUCUACACGUUGCGGUCCAGCCGCUUGGUCGGGAGGCACAAGGGGGAAGUCAGUUUCCCAGGCGGCAAGUGUGACCCCACCGACCAGGAUGUGGUGCACACGGCCCUGAGGGAGACCCACGAGGAGGUGGGCCUGGCUGUGCCUGAGGACCAUGUGUGGGGCAUCCUGCACCCCGUGUAUGACCAGGCAAAGAACACCGUGGUGCCUGUGCUUGCCGGCGUGGGCCCCGUGGAUCUCCAGAGCCUCAAGCCCAACCCUGACGAGGUGGAUGAGGUGUUUGCACUGCCCCUGGCCCACCUGCUGCAGGUGCAGAACCAAGGCUAUACCCACUUCUGCCGGGGUGACCACUUCGGCUACACAAUGCCUGUCUUCCUCCACGGGCCACACCGUGUCUGGGGGAUAACGGCAGUCAUCACCGAGUUCACCCUGCAGCUGCUGGCACCUGGUGCCUACCAGCCCCGCCUACAUUUCCCCGGAUUCCAGCUCAAGGACUGAAGAUGGGGCCCUGAGCAGCCCCUGCCGCCCCGCUGUGGGGCCAGCUCCACUCCAGGGCUGAAUAAAGAGCUUUACCAAU